ACCUCAGCUGACAUUGACAGUUGCGUGGAACAGCUGCUUUGUUGUCGGAGUCGGGACGUAUUGUCAAAAGUUAGUUAAAAUAAUCACCUUCGAAUAUUUUAUCAACUAACGACUUCUCCUAUCAUUAGCAAUGAAGGUUUGAGUAUCGUGCGCGCGAUGGACGACACAGAGAGCACCACCACAUCGGCUGACGAGAACACUGGCAACUUGUGCGACAACCCGACACGGGAUACCUUAGCCGAAGGCCUACUAGGCCUCCUGAAGCCAACGGUUGACCAACUAGACGAUAGAGUAAGAGCUACUAGGAUUUCACAACUGGAAUUGAAGCAGCAGAUUGAUUCUUUGAACGAAGAGCUUCAGAAGGUGCGAGAGGCGCUCAACAACCACCCUGAUUUGGACCCUUAUGUUAAGAAAUUGAUCGCCUGCAAACACAAAGUGACUGUUGUACUUAAUGUCUUACAAGCCUCACAAGAUAGACUGAAUGAGAUUAGACGCACAAUUAAUAAAGAAAAAAGUGUUCGUCCUACAGUAAUAUCGGAACCAGCGCCUCAAGAACCUGAGCAAAGCACUAGUGGAGUCAUAUCAGAGAGAGGGAGCAUCAACUGACAUGGAGACCCCCUACCAAAACCACAUAGACAAAAAGGAGUUUGACCAUGUCUAUGAACCAGCCGAAGAUAGCUUCUUACUCAUAGAUGCUAUCGAAAAAGAUUUACAGUACCUAAAAGCAAAAAACCCCACAUUUUGUUUAGAAGUUGGCUCGGGCAGUGGUUUAGUGAUCACUGCUGUAGGUAUGGCAUUUCCAGGGACAUUUUGCAUGAGCACAGACGUCAACUAUAAAGCUUGUGUCAUGUCACGAAGUACAGCCAAUCAUAAUAAGGUGAUCUUGGACUCUGUGAAUAUGAAUCUGGUUGAUUCUUUCACUGAUCACAUGUUUGAUGUUAUAUUGUUUAAUCCACCAUAUGUGGUGACCGAAAGUGACGAGUGUGGUGGCAAAGAUAUCACUGCAAGUUGGGCAGGAGGAGUGAAAGGUCGAGAGGUGACCGAUAAACUACUGGAUAUGAUACCAAAGAAGCUAGCACGCAACGGCACAUUUUAUCUUUUGCUGAUCGAAGAAAACAUUCCAGAUGAAGUAGCUGCAAUCAUGGCAGCACUAGGGUUUACUUCUGAGAUAAUUAUAAGGAGAAAAGUUAGAAAUGAACAACAGUUAGUGAUGAAGUUUUGCAGAUAAAACAGUGUUAACAUAAUAAUGUUUUUAUCAUA